AUGUUGCCCUGUAACCUUGGUUACGGAGCCAAUGAUUCUGAAAUUCAAGUGGGCAUUUCAAAAUCGGAAAGUUCACCUACACAGACCGCUUGGAAAGAUGAAAUUGAAGAGAGGAGAUCCACGUUAAUGACGAACAUUUUUUCUGACCUGGAUUCUUUGGGAAAACUAAAGCGCGAACCACGAGCAGUACAAGCAGCAGAAACCUCGUUCCAUGCACUUGAAUUAAAUACCGGUUCGGAUAUACGGCAGCCCGCAGAUUGUGGAAAGUGGGCUGGGCAAAAAAAUGCCAGAGGUCCUGAAAAACUGGAAGAAUUCCUGGCACCAUCUUCCAGACGGGUCUCAGAAAGUGUCGACUUUGCAGUAGCUACCAAAGGCAGACCACGAAUUCACCGGAAAUCCAGUUCUUCAUUCCAUGAGAAGGAACCUGCGUUGUAUGAGUCGGGCGACUUCAAUUUACAGAACCAAAACAGAAGCUAUGACCCGCCCAACAAAGCGGCUGGACCGGAUGCAAUCCAGGCUGACCAGACCGAAAUUUCACCAAAACCGCGGAUCAGGCACACUCCAUCAAUUCUCACUCCACGUCAACUCUGCAUUUCCAACUUGUUCAGUUUGGCAACGCGCUGGAAUGCAGGUGACACACAAUACGAUGACAUUAUUCAUGAUCUCGAGGACCCUGAAUGCGAACGACCUCUUCAUCUCACUGAGAGUAUGGAGCCUGAUGCAGUUAACCCUAAGGACACAAAUGCUCAAAAGCAUUCAAGGACCCCUGAGGACGCUGAGGUCACUUAUGAGGAACUAGCCGCUGCCCUCAGUAUGGAGAAGGUCAAAACGGCAAAGCUGGAGGAGUUUGUAAAUAACCAGUACGAUAGUCUUCAACAGCAGCGAGAAUUAAGCAUACAACAGGUGCAUGAAACUGAAACGAAUUAUGAACAACGACUUGCCGCCCAAAAGGAGGAAUACGAGGCGACCAUUAAUAAGAACUACAAACUGAUCGAUGAGCUGAUUGCUGAGAAGCAGGCCCUAACACAGCAAUGCAGCAAACUGGUCGAUGACAUGAGAAUUCUAAAAGAAAAGGCGGAAGCCAAACAAAAGCUGUUGGAGGAUAAUGGGGCCAGCGUGCCGCAACGAACCUGGUACUGUUAUGCCAGAACUGUGACCAUGACCACAUGCACCGGGCCAUGGUGUUGUGGUGGUCGACACGAUAUCCAAUUGUGUUAUGAGUGUGGCAUCAAUCCAUCGUUUGUAGACGACUUAAUGUUUUGUCGGGGAGACGUGAGUAUUCGAGCAGCUAUCGCACUGCGAGGUAUUGAGUCCUAUAUCUACCCGACGUAA